AAAGGCUUCACGGGACUCCAACACUUUCAUGGUCUGGAUCAAGAACUAAACGACAAGGAACGGAGCCGGUGCUCAUUCGUGUCGGGGCAAGUUCUUGCUUCCCACUGAUGAUGAUAGCCUGAUUCACCUCCUCGUUGGCGGUGCUCUGAGUCUUGAUUCGUAGUUUGCCAUCGUUGCUUUGAGAUGGUCCAUUGGAUGGUUGCUGCCAAGGUUUUGUGUAUAUGCUUAUUACUCAUUUGUUUGAUACCUUUGAAUGUGCAUGACGGAUGGCAGUACACCGAGCAACCCUGACUUCGUAUGACCGUCAGCGCUCUGAGAAAGAUUCGGUGCACAUAACUCCCACUUGCUAACCAAGGUCUCAUCAAGUUUUGCUUACGAUCGCAAUCUUUCAUCAUGUGGGUUCCCACAAUCCCGCAAUCUCACAACUACUCUGAGUCCCCGGAUAUAACCAUGGGACCUUGUUCGACAUUUCCUGUCAGACAUCUUCACGUUAACUGUGAUUGACUUAGUCUGCGACGUCUGCACGUCUGACUUGUGGAGUUUUCUCUUGGUAAAGUUCACCUUUCGCUAUCCUCGAGAGAACAGGAACAACAGCAGUGCCUCGCGAUCUAAAGCUCCUUCUGGUUUGAUCAUCACGCCCUCAAUCAACACUAUCACCAGGAGGCCCAAAACAUCAAUCCGUGAUGGAGGUUUCAGAAUCCCAAUUCCCCCGAUGCGAUGCUUCCGAGAACAUAUAAGUACGUUCGGAUGUUAGCCUGUUUCUCCAGCGCAUUUUCUUUUGCCUUCCGCUCGCCACCUUUUUUUUGAGCCCGGUUGCUCACUUUCUCUCUUUAAGUCAAUCUUUCACUUUCCUUCGCGCUAGGUCGCAUUUGCUUCAUUCGCUACACAUCUUUCUUGCUGGUCAAUUCUCCCUCUCGAACCACACUUCCUUUACGACAAGAUGUACUUCACGAACGCCCUCAUUGCCUCCUUCUCUCUUGCUGCCCUUGUCUCUGCCGGUCCUCUCGUUGAAAGACGGGCUGCCUUCACUCUCCAGAACGGCAAGGAUGCGCAGGCCCUGAACGCUAAGUUCAAAGGUCUGUCUGCCUCAUCGCCUUGCACGGACGGUGAGAAUGCUUGUAUCAACGGAGCUUUUGCGCAAUGUGCCAAUGGCAAAUUUGUAACGACCCCAUGUGCGGGAGGGUUGACUUGUGUUGCCCUUCCUCUGGUGAACUCGAAGGGUACCAGUAUCACCUGCGACACUGAGGCAGAUGCCAAGACUCGUAUUGCAGCUUCUGGUGCUACUGGUGGCCUCUUUGGCCGGGACCUCGAAGAGCGUGCGGAGUUCACCCUGGCCAACGGCCAGGAUGCUCAGGCCUUGAAUGCCAAGUUCCAGACGCUCAGCGCCAGCUCAUCCUGCACGGAUGGAGAGAACGCUUGCGUUAACGGCGCAUUUGCUCAGUGUGUUGGUGGUCAAUUCCAGACUACCCCUUGUGCUGGUAUGCAUGAAAUGUUUGCUGUGCACAGAAUCUGUCUCAUCUAUCCAUGCAGCCUCACCUGCGAUACUCAGGCCGAUGCUGAAGCGCGGAUUGCGCAAACCGGUGCAACUGGCGGACUUAAUGGAAAGCGCUCUCUAGAGGCUCGUGCUGCCACUGCCCCUCCUGCCUGUGCUGCUAAGGGCAAACGUUCUGACCGUCUGACCAGACGCUCUGAGUCUGGCAUCGCCAAGCGUAUCGCUCAGAAUGAUCUCGGUGCCGUCGCUCAAAGUUGGCAAGAUCUUUGCUUGAAGAGCGGUGGUGACACCCAGACUGGUGACCCGUGUGUCCAGCUCGCUGGCAUCAACGGUAUCAACGCGCUCUUGGCCAACUCUGACCCUUGUGCUCAACAAGACAACGCUGAUGCUAUGAUCGAUUUCGCGAAGUCCAACGGUGUCACAAACAAAGAUGCCUUGAUUGCGAACGCCGUCUCCUACGCUAAACACCCUAGAAACGCUCUGAACAUUGAUGGUACUGUUCCCUCCACCCCCUUCUGCCAGAAGGCUCCCAAGAACGCUGAGUUGAAGGGUGUCACUCGCGCUCAACUCGACGGUGUCAACCCUGGCUUGUUCGGUUCUCCCGCACUCGGUGUCUUUGCAUUCGGUGAUCCCCGAACCUGCCCCUUCGGCAAGACUCCUGAUGUCAGCACUUGCUCUUGCAAGUAGACAUGCUUUCGGAAAGCAUAUGAGGAGUACAGUUAAUGAUAAUGAGGAAGUUCGAGAUACCCUGAAUUACAACAACUACUGUAGCAUGUUGCACCUACGACUUAACGCAAUUACUUUUUUUUUUGGGUUCCUUUUUUCUCACCUACGGUCUUGAGAAUGGGUGCCAGGCAAUAUUCAGGCUAGGGUGUCUAGCGAUUUGAACUUUCAAGUAUGUUUUGAGACUUGUUUUGGGACGUGAAUGGCUUUCCAUUACCGUAUUUGGCAAG